GCUGGAGCAGCUCCGGUGCCUCCCCACGAGGGCCGGGCUAUAAAUCCCAGUGCCGGGCGCGGCUCGCCUCCCGCCCCUCCGUCUCCGCUCGUUCGUUUCGCGCUGUCGGCUCGUUGGCAUUCCUCAUGGCGUGUCCCCUGGAGCAGGCGCUGGCCGUGAUAGUCGCCACCUUCCACAAGUACUCGGGGAAGGAGGGGGACAAGUACAAGCUCAGCAAGCAGGAGCUGAAGGAGAUGUUGAUGAAGGAGCUGCCCAGCUUCAGCAGCCAGGCCAGUGAGAGCAGCCUGCAGAAGCUGAUGAGCAACCUGGACUGCAACAGCGACAGCGAGGUGGACUUCCAGGAGUACGUCACCUUCCUGGCCUGCAUGGCCAUGAUGUGCAACGACUUCUUCCAGGACUACCCCGACAAGAUGCCACGCAGGAAGUGACCACAGGGCACGGUGCCCAGGCUCGGCUGCUGCUCCUGUGACUCUCCCACUCCCCUCCCGAUGCUCUUUCAAUAAAGGUUGCUUUAAACAAA